AUGUCCAUAAUUUGUUUGAGAGUGAGAAGAGCACUUGGAGAUAAUGAUGCAAUGGACCUUAUGAAUUAUAUGAAAGCUUCAAAAGAAAAAAAUAAUAAGUUUCAAUAUGAUUACACGGUUGAUGAAGAUAUGAGGCUAGAAAACAUAUUCUGGUGUCAACCUCAAAGCUUCGAUUGGUAUAAAAAAUUUGGUGAUGUAAUUGUAUUUGAUACAACUUACAAGGUCAAUGCGUAUGACAUGCCAUGUGCACUUUUCGUUGGCAUUAAUAAUCAUGGAAAAACUGUUCUGUUUGCAAGUGCGCUUCUUCGUAAUGAGACUGUUAAAACAUCUACGUGGUUGAUGAAGACUUUUGUAUCCAUCAUGAAAAAACCAUCCAAGACAAUCAUUACAGAUCAAGAUCCAUGGAUGACGAAAGCAAUUGCAACCGAAAUGCCAACUAAAAAACAUAGCUUUUGUAUAUGGCAUAUCACUUCUAAAUUUAGUAGUUGGUUUGCAGCUCUUCUUCGCACCGAGUACCAAAUUGGUGUGGUUGAUUUAGCCGUUGAAGAAAUUGGAAUUCGCGAGGUGAAAGAUAAAAUGUCAAGUACACUUGCACUCGUUUCUAUAAAGACAAAAUCCCCGUUGGAAGCACAAGCUUAUGGAAUUCUUACACCGUUUGCUUUCAGCAAGUUUCAAGUUGAAUUUGAAAGAGCAAACCAGUAUUUGAUUGUACACGUUGAAGUUGCAAGAAUUUUUUGUCGUCAUAUAUUUCGGGCACUUCUUCACAAGAACUGUUUUAAGAUACCGCCGAUAUACUUUCCUUUGCGUUGGAGUCAAGAUUCUUUUCAAAGUGGUAGUGCAAUGCAACGUUUAUCACCAAACGUGUCAUUGACUCAAACAAGUACAACUCAAGGCACUCAAUCGGAAAAAAGAUACAACAUUUUGUGCCCCCCGAAAUCAGCAACAAAAGGUCGUCCAAAAAAGAGGCGUAUGAAGGGUGGGAAAGAAUUGGGAAAUCAGUCGCGUAAUAGAUGUUCCAUAUGCAAAGAAUUAGGACAUACAAAAACAAAAUGUGAUAAUAAGGAGAAUAAUGUUGCUGGAGAAAAUGUCUCUUCAAAUAAUCCACAAAACAAGAGGAAGAAAAUGGCUGGUGACCUUGGACUCAAUCCAUUGUUUAAUUUGAAGUAUUAA